AUGGCAGGACAGGCAUUUAGAAAGUUUCUUCCCCUCUUUUACCGAGUAUUAGUUGAAAAGAGCGCUGUGGAAAAUGUAACCAAAGGAGGCAUUAUGCUUCCAGAAAAAUCUCAAGGAAAAGGAUUGCAAGCAACAGUAGUAGCUGUUGGAUCGGCCUCUAAAGAAAAGGGUGGAGAAAUUCAACCAGUUAGCGUGAAAGUCGGAGAUAAAUUUCCUCUUCUAGAAUAUGGAGACACCAAAAUCAUUCUAGAUGACAAGGAUUAUUUCUUAUUUAAAGAUGGUGACAUUCUUGGGAAUUGUGUGGACUGA